UGGAUAUUAUACUUUUCUAUCACUGUUGACUUUACCAGAUUCAGUUUCUCAUGGACUUGAUGCUUAGUUUCUUCAUUUAGCUCUUGAUCCAGAUACAGAGGGAAAAAAUAAAUAAAUAAAUAAAUAAGGGAAAAAGGAAAAAGUAAGUAACAUGGAUGUUGAAGAACAGAAAGAUUUUCUUGUAUCGAAAUUACUAGUGCCAGUCCCUGAAGAAAAUGCCUUGCAAUCAAGAAAAAGAUUGUCCAAAGAUGAGAUUGUUGCAGAGGUGAAGAAGCAGCUGUUAUUGGCAGGUCCUUUGGUGUUUGUUAACAUUUUAAUAUUCAGUUUGCAAGUGAUUUCAGUGAUGUUUGUUGGCCAUCUUGGAGAGCUAGCACUUUCUGGUGCUUCCUUGGCUACUUCAUUUGCUUCAGUAACUGGCUUCAGCCUCUUGAUUGGAAUGGGCAGUGCACUAGAUACCUUCUGUGGUCAGUCCUAUGGAGCAAAAGAGUAUCACAUGCUUGGAAUUCACAUGCAGAGGGCAAUGAUUGUUCUUCUACUUGCAAGCAUCCCACUUGCUUGUAUAUGGGCCAAUGCAGGGGAAAUUCUUGUUUCCUUAGGCCAAGAUCCAAAAAUUUCAGCCGGCGCUGGACGUUAUGCUCGUUUCAUGAUUCCCAGUAUCUUCGCUUUCGCGAUUAUUCAAUGCCAUGCCAGAUUCUUGCAAACCCAAAACAAUGUAGCUCCAUUGAUGGUUACCACAGGAAUUACAACAUUAUCACACAUCUUUACCUGCUGGUUCCUGGUAUUCAAUUCUGGCCUUGGAAAUAGAGGGGCUGCUUUGGCAAAUUCCAUUUCUUAUUGGAUUAAUGCAUUGUUAAUGGUACUCUAUGUCAGAAUUUCUCCUUCCUGUAGGAACACAUGGACUGGGUUCUCCAAAGAGGCCCUUCAUGGACUUACAAAGUUCCUAAAACUGUCUGUUCCCUCAGCUGUAAUGAUCAGCUUGGAAAGCUGGUCAUUUGAGAUGAUGGUGCUGUUAUCUGGUCUUCUUCCGAAUCCGGAACUCGAAACAUCAGUCCUGUCAAUCAGCCUCAACACUUGUACAAUGGUUUACAUGAUACCCCUUGGAAUUAGCAAUGCAGUCAGUAUAAGAGUUUCCAAUGAAUUGGGUGCGGGGAGAGACAAAGUAGCUCUCUCAGCAGUAUGUGUUGCGCUAUUCAUGGUUGUUACAGAAGGCAUUAUUGCAGCCACUACCAUGACCUUGGGGCAUCAUGCGUGGGGAUACUGCUAUAGCAGUGACGCAAGAGUUGUGAAAUAUGUGGGACAAAUGCUGCUGCUAAUUUCAGUAUCCCAUUUUUUUGAUGGAAUUCAGUCUGUGCUUUCAGGCACUAUAAGAGGGUGUGGGAGGCAAAAGAUUGGGGCUUGUAUUAACCUAGGAGCUUACUAUCUUAUGGGAAUUCCAGUUGCUUUAUUGUUAGCUUUUUUCUUCCACAUUGGAGGAAAGUAUGAUCUGCAGGGUCUUUGGAUUGGAAUCACAGUGGCAUUAUUCGUCCAAGCAGCAUCUCUUUCAGUCAUAAUUAUACGCACUGAUUGGGAACAAGAAGUAAAGAAAGCUGCAGAUAGAGUCUUCAUCAAAAGAAUUUCCGUUGAUGAACUAUCAUAGCGUGGAUUUGGAAGUAAAGCAACACAAAGGUUAUACGAUGGCUCUUGUCGAUGCUCAAAGAAGCUAUAGUUUUUGGAAACCUGAACUUAAUAACUUCAUAAUUGGUGAAUUUUUUGAACAUAAUAAUUGUCCAAGAGCACUAGCAAGAAGCCAGAUGGUCAUCUUAUUUGGUGUUUCCUACGACAUUCCCAGCUGGGCUGUUUGGACCUCAAUUUGUACCAAAAAGCAGAGCAGGAUAUAGGAAUCAUAUAUAAUUGGGUUAGAGGUAAAACCAUUGAUAUGGUAAUUCAACAGCCAGUGGGUAGAAGUUAAGGCUUAUUCCUACUUUGUCUACUAAUGUUUGAACUUAUAAAAUGGUGAUAUUAUAAUGGAAGACAUGGUUUUUUAAUUAUGUUGAAUAGGUAUAAGUAGUUAGUCCAUAUCCAAUUAAAUUAUUUUGUUAAUCCAGACCAGUGAUCACAUUUUCACAUUUCAGAUAUUUUUCAAUAAGCUCAAUUUGUCCCCUUAUUAUCUUCUUUCUUUC